UUUUAUCGUAUGUUUACGUUACUCUGCAAUAAAUCUUUUAUGUAACAGAUUCUUUCAUUAUUUAGGAAAUACCUCAGCAGGGGUAUCUGAUUGUAUGUUGUAGUAGUACUCCCAAGCAGAGUAGAUAAGACUGUUUAUAUCACAUUUUUGUGAAAUUAAGAACUUUGACCUUAGUCUGCCUGUCUACUUUGUAUGUGAACUCUUGUAUCAAAAAUUCAGUUUUCUCUGAAUCGGCAACUCAUUAACACACAAUAAUGGCAUCUCUGAUAAGAAAAAUUAUUUCGUCAUCUAAAGCACCAGGACCUGUGGCAGGGGCACCUUAUAAUCAAGCAAUAGUCUUCAACAACAUUGUCUUCUGUUCCGGCGUAUUGGGCGUGGACAAAGACAGCAACAAACUAGUUGACGGAGGUGCCGAGGCCCAGGCAGUCCAAGCUUUGAAGAACAUCGGACAUAUUCUGGAGGCGUCGGGAUCUUCAUACAACAAUGUUAUAAAAAGUACCAUCAUGCUGAGGGACAUCAACGAUUUCGGAACUGUAAAUGAAGUUUACAGGAAAUUUUUCACAAAGGAAUUCCCAGCAAGGUCCACAUUCCAAGUCGGAAAACUUCCCCUAGAUGCAGCCGUUGAAAUAGAGGUAAUCGCUGCUGUGGGAAAUAACAUAGAAACCAUCACCUCAAAAAUUUAAGCUUUAAUUAUGAAUAUAUAAUUAACAGUCAUAACCUUAAUGCUAAAAAUUUAAAUGUAUCGAUGUAUGUUUAUAUCUAAAAUGUGAUACCUAUAUAUUUAUAAUAAAAUUAUCUCAGUGACAA